AAGCUAGUUGCGCAGGAGUCUGUGAUCAGUCAGUUCUUAGUGGUGUGCUAAAAUACACAACUUAUUUUCAACAUGAAAUUCUUGAUCGUCGCAGCUCUCGCUGUUGCCGCGGUGUGCGCGGAAGAGGCCAAAAAGACAGAGAAGCGUGGCCUCGCCGGCCUUGGCUACGGCUAUGAUGGGCACGGCCUUGGUUACGGUGGUGGCCUCGGCUACGGGGGUGUGGGCUAUGCUGGUGGUCUCGGCGGAUUGGGAUACGGAGGUUACGCGCAUUCUCCCGUAGCAGUCAGUAAAGUGGCCUACACUACUGCUCACGGCCUCGGAGGUUACGGUGGCUACGGAGGCUACGGAUACAACGGCCUCGGCUACGGCGGCCUCGGGGGUUACGGCGGCGGCCUCGGUUACGGCAACUACGGUGGUCACGGAUAUUACGGAUCUCCCGCCGUCAGCUAUGCCAAUCAGAUCGCUUACAACGGUUACGGCGGAUAUGGUGGAUACGGCGGAUAUGGCGGAUACGGCGGAUACGGACACGGCCUCGGACACGGUUUGGGAUACGGCGGACUCGGCUACUACGGACAUCACUGAAAAUAUACCUUACAUUAAUACGACCCUUACGCAAAAUUAUCUUAAUACUCACAUUAUGAAAACUUUAUGUAGAUACUAUCGUAAAAAAUUCUACUACCAAGUUUUUUUUUGAAAUGUUACCAUCGAUAUUUCAUAAUACUCAAGGGUCAAGUUUCACUGCCAAAUUAUUUAUUUUAAUGCCUAGUCGUUUGUUUGUUAGCUGGCCAGUUAAAAGUUUCAGCUAGUUGAGAACACUUACGGCAAAUAAAAUGGACCAUUUUUCUACAACGAUCUUUUUGAAGCUUUGUAAAUAUACGUAAUGAUAAAAGUAUAAAAUAACA